AUGAUAUAUUUUAUAAUUAUAUUAGCUGUAUUGUUUUUGAUACCUGUCCUUUGUUACAUAUCAAAAGCGGAGAAUAAGGCAAUUCGGAAAGAAAAGACUAAGACUUUUUAUUGGUCGUCAUAUCCGAUAAUAAAAGAGAAAAAGCCUGUUAAUGAAGAAGAGAAAGGCGAUACUUUCAUAACAUCACUGUCUUUGUUGGACCCCUUCUUAACGCAAAUUUCCUCAGAGCAUGAAGUCGAAAAGGCAUAUGCGGGUGCAUAUGCUGUAGUAGACAUCGUGCAGAAAUCUGAUGACCAGAAAGUAGCGGUGAAAAGGAAUAGGAGCAUGAGGAAGCGGAGAGAGAUCACUCUCCACGAGGCUGCUAUCCUGGCUACACUAGACGGGAAGGCAGGAGCUCCGAAGCUAAUCUGCACCGACCCAGACAAGGGAAUCAUCGUGAUGGAAUACCUCGGACCCAACACUCUAUAUAAGGUCAUUCGGAGCCGCAGACAACGUGAUAUAACUUGGCUCAAAAUCCUUUAUUCUUGUGCCGAUAAACUCCAGGAGCUCCAUCAAGCAGGAUUUGUACACGCGGACUUAAAUAUUAAGAACGUUAUGAUAACCUACAAGCAAGGGAAUCCGAUGGCUCAUAUCAUAGAUUUUGGCUUAGCGAGGAAAAUAGGUCAGACUGGCCAGUUUGGACCUGUACCCAAUUGGGAAAAGAAGAUCCAGCGCAAGCCUUGGUAUGCAGCUGAAAUGUACCGCGGUGAGGUGCUCGACGAAUUAACGGACGUGGUGGCCCUGGCACAGAUAGUCAGACACGUGCUGGACCAGAUGCAGAGACCUCCGAGCUCCCUAAGGUCGUUGGCAAACCUUGGAAUGGAGAUUAACAGAGAAAAUAGGCCUCCUGUUGCAGAAUUCUUGACUGUUCUCGAAGAUCUCCUUAUUGGGGAAUAGUGGCAAUAAGCCGGCAAUUGUUGUAUUUGCUUUACUGUGCUGGAAGAAUCACAUACGUGCUAGCAACCACAUCUCUGACAACUUUCUCUGUGCAUGUGAACGAGAGAAAUUGGUCGCCUGAGGAAAAGAAAGGUAUUCAUGACAGCACUGUCUUUGUUGGACCCCUUCUUAACACAAAUUCCCUCAGAGCAUGAAGUCGAAAAGGCAUAUGAGGGUGCAUGUGCUGUAGGACAUGAAAAGUAGCGAUGAAAAGGAAUAGGGAGGGAGAGAGAUCACUCUCCACGAGGCUGCUAUCCUGGCUACACUAGACGGAAAAGCAGGAGCUCCGAGACUAAUCUGCACCGACCCAGACAAGGGAAUCAUCGUGAUGGAAUACCUCGGAGCUCCAUGAAGCAAGGGAAUCCGACGGCUCAUAUCAUAGAGUUCGGCUUAACGAUCUAGCGGAAAGAUCUAGCGGAAAGCCUUGGUGAAAUGUACCGCGGUGAGGUGCUCGACGAAUCAACGGACGUGGUGGCCCUGGCACAGAUAGUCAGACACGUG